GGAGGGAGCAAUCCGAAGGGAGGAGUCAAGUGAGGGAAGGAGCAGCUGGAGUCCCACACUUCGCUUCUCUCUCCUCUCGAAAAAACGCACUAAAUGUAAUAACGACUGGCCACGCGUUUCUCUGUGUUUCACGCACAUCUGCGCGCCGCUCUCGGCACUUCUGUCCGCGCGCUGAUGCUGGUAGUUUGGCUGAAAACGGAGGAGAAAGACAGACAAGAGGAGGGAAAAGUCUGGCUGCGCCGUUUUGGAGUUGGAGUGGCUGCGUAAAAAAACAGAGAGAGAGAAAAAAGAAAGAAAGAAAGAAAAAAAGUCCCAAGAAACUUCAGAGACACAUCUGCAACUUCAGAAGAAAAGAAGGCUUACUGUUUUUACCCUUUGAAGACAAGAAGAAGGAAGAACAGAACAACUGAAGGAGUCAUAAGCGGAGAAAAUUAUCCGAUCUCCAUGAGGUCUUAAGGAAUGAACAAUCGCCAUGGAAACCCAGUCCCAGGCCAGUUCAGCAGCUGAGAAGAAGAAGAGGGUGGAGACCAUUGUGGCUGCUAAGGGCUCAUCAGCACGCUGUGACAUCAGCGAGAAGGCGGUGGCCUCCAGCACCACCUCAAACGCAGAGGAGGAGAGUUCAGGCGCACCGUACCACCGUGAGAGGCGCAAUGCCAUCAGCUCCCAAACGCCCGGCGCCACCGACAGGAGCGUAAACGAGGAACCCUCCACGUCCACGGAGGAGCGGCCGUCCCUCCUCAAGAAGGAGCUCCCUAGCUCCCUGCCCCAUCUGGCGGACCAUGCCCAGCUGUACAGAGGCCCGCUGUUUGCCAUGGACCCCCGAAAUGGCUACUUAGACUCGCACUAUCCUCCGCCACAGUUCUUCCCUUCCUUCCAUCCUCCUGUGCCGAUAGAUGACAGACAUACCCAGGGACGGUACGUCUACGAGCACUCCCCCGUGGCCCCUCUUCACGUGGGUCCGACGUUGGGGCCGAGUCCGACUUUCUCCGACAUCCCCCUCAUUCGGAUCUCACCCCAGCGGAACCCCUCUGUGGGGGCGGAGUCGCCCUUCCACCAUCCACACCCCUACAUCCACCCGUACAUGGACUACAUCCGCUCCCUCCACAGCAGCCCCUCCAUCUCUGUUCUGUCAGCCACCCGAGCCCUCAGCCCUGCAGAUGCAUCACACGCUGGUCUGACGACGGCCGACUACUACCACCAGAUGGCGCUGCUGGCGGGGCACCGCAGCCCGUACACCAGUGACCUCCUCCCGUCUGUGGCGUCCACCGCGGGGGCCAGCAGCGCCCUGCACAUGGAGUAUCUGCAGGCCAUGGAAAAUUCCCGCUUCUCCAGUCCGAGGCUCACCGGCCGACCCAGCCGGAAGCGACCCCUGCCCAUCUCGCCGCUCUCCGAGCACAGCUUUGACCUGCAGAUGAUCCGCAACUCCCCCACCGCCAUCGUCAACACGCUGCUCAACAACUCCCGCUCCAGCUCCUCCACCAGCGGCUCCUACGGUCACCUGUCUGCCGGAGCCAUCAGCCCGGCGCUGAACUUCGCCUACCCUCCCACCCCGGUGGCUUUGCAUGUGCAUCAGCACGUAAUUGGCCGGCAGCCGAGCAUCGUGAGCUCCGCCUUCGGUCACAGCCCCCCCCUGGUGCACCCCACCCCGGCCUUUGCCAGCCAGCGACCCGUGCCAGGCAUCCCCCCAUCUGGGCUCAACGCCAGCGAGCGCUCAGCCAUCUCCAGCGAGUCCGCACAGACCAAACCCACCAGUGAAUCCGCCGUGAGCAGCACGGGCGACCCCAUGCACCACAAAAGGUCCAAACUGAAACCCGAGGAGGAGCUGCCGAGCCCGGGCGCGGACCAUCCUGAGGGGAUGACUCUGGUGAAGGAGGAAGGAGACAAGGACGAGGGCAAACAGGAGCCCGAGGUGGUCUAUGAGACUAACUGCCACUGGGAGAACUGCUGUCGAGAGUUCGAUACCCAGGAGCAGCUCGUACAACACAUCAACAAUGACCACAUCCACGGGGAGAAGAAAGAGUUUGUGUGUCGCUGGGAGGAAUGCUCUCGAGAGCAGAAGCCCUUCAAGGCCCAGUACAUGCUGGUGGUCCACAUGCGUAGACACACCGGGGAAAAGCCCCACAAGUGCACGUUUGAAGGCUGCACCAAGGCCUACUCCCGUCUGGAAAACCUGAAAACUCACCUGCGUUCCCACACUGGAGAGAAACCGUAUGUGUGCGAACACGAGGGCUGCAACAAGGCGUUUUCCAACGCCUCCGACCGAGCAAAACACCAGAACCGCACACACUCCAACGAGAAACCGUACGUCUGCAAGAUCCCCGGCUGCACCAAACGCUACACGGACCCCAGCUCCUUACGCAAGCACGUGAAGACGGUGCACGGACCCGAGGCGCACGUCACCAAGAAGCAGCGUGGGGAUUACCCCCGCCCCCCACCCCAGCCCAGGGAGCCUGGGGGCAACAGCCAGGGUCGCUCACCGGGGCAGCUGCCCCUGGGUGGGUACGCGGACCAAAGGGAGUACAACCACGCUACCUCCAAGCAGGACGAAUGUCUGCAGGUCAAGUCCAUAAAGACAGAGAAGCCCAUGACGUCUCAGCCAAGCCCUGGCAGUCAGUCUACAUGCAGCAGUGACCAGUCCCCCGUCAGCGCCGAUCCCAGCGGUGGAGUCCAGCUUGCUGUGAGCGCUGGACGCUCGCCAGGGGAGGGGCUGGAGGAGGACGAGCGGGCGGAGGGCAACGAAGAGGAGGCGGAGGGUGAGCCAGCCCCCAUCAUGGACUCCACGGUCUCCACAGCGACUGCGGCCAUGAUGACCCUGCAGGCCAGGCGGAGCAUCGGCCGCCCGCUGCGCUGGAUGGAACACAUGAAGAUGGAGAGGCUGAAGCAGGUGAAUGGAGCACUGCCCAGACUGGGGCCCCUGUCCCCCACGCCGCCCCCCAAGGGUUCUGCAGUGCUGAACAUCUUGGGAAAAGGAUCCUGUCUGGGCAGGCAGUGGGGGGUGUCUGCUCCUCAGCCCUCCGCUCACGCCGACCUGGGGAGCACGGAGCUGACGGUGCUGGGUUUGCUCCGAGACCGGCGCGACAGCAGCGGCAGCGGCACCAGCUCCGCCUACCUGAGCAGCAGCCGCCGCUCCUCGGGCAUCUCGCCGUGCUUCUCCAGCCGCCGUUCCAGCCAGGCGUCCCAGAGCGAGGGCAACGCGGCGGCCGCGCACCACCGCCGCCUCCACAACCUCAGCUCCACCGACUCCUACGACCCCAUCUCCACGGACGCCUCCCGCCGCUCCAGCGAGGCCAGCCAGCACGGAGGCGGGGCGGGGGGAGGUGGUGGGGGCCUCCUCUCAGGUGGGAGUUGCCUCGGGGGAGUGGGUGUCGGAGGGGGGUCGCGGGGGAUGCUCAGUUUGACACCCGCUCAGCACUACCACCUAAAGGCCAAGUACGCAGCUGCCACCGGUGGCCCCCCUCCCACCCCACUGCCCAACAUGGAGCACAUGAGUCUGAAGUCUCGCAUGGCUAUGAUGGACGAAGGGGGCAACAACCGCUGUUUGCCCCCUCCAGUGAGGCUGCCCCCCUGUGGGGAUGGCACCAACAGCGGCUGCGUGGGUCACGCCGGCUACAGGAGGAGGGUCCUGUACCCGGGUGAGGGACCCCUGAACGGCAAUCGGAGGGCCAGCGACCCGGUCAAGACGCAGGCUCCUGAAGCGUGCAGUUUGCCCCCGGUGCAACGCUUCAACAGCCUGAACAACCUCCACCCCCUGCCCCCCCUGGCUCACCACUCUGAGCCUCGUAACUUCGGCCUGCAGAAGCACACGCGCUCAGACGCUUUCUUUGAGUUGGGCCUGCAGGACUACACGUCCAGCAUCGCUGAGCACGCCGCUUUGGAAGCUCUGGCCAUGGAGGGCGAGGGGGGGGCGGGCCUCCUGCUGGACGAUGAAGACAUGCUGCCCGACGACCUGGUGCAGUAUCUUCAUUCCCAGGCUCAGAUGGACAACGUUUCCUACAAUCACAACGGAGACCAUGCGGUCAGGGAGGCGGGCCAACACUCAGGGAUGGGCGGGGCCUUCCCCGGAUCUCAGAACCUCCAAGGAUCGACUGAGAGGAAGAGCCCUGGGAAGCUCCCCAUCCAGUGGAAUGAAGUGAGUUCAGGAAGUGCUGACCGAUCGCCUCAGAGGGAGAGAAACCCCCUCCCACAGUGUGGAAGGUGGCCCAGUACAGAGCACGGAUCCCCUUCUGCGCCCUUUGGCCGGUUUGGGAACAUGGUGGUGCAGCAGCCGGGAUUGGCGGGUUUCCAGAACAGUUACGUCCAGGCGGAUCGACCUUCAGACGCCUGCGGCAUCAACCCCGCAGUCAAGCUGGAGACGCCCCCCAGCCCCUGCAUGGAGAUGAGAGGUGCUGCCGGCAACACUUCUAACCCCUUUGGGAGGUCCAGCUUCCUGCAGGUCACCGGCGGGCCUCCUCCCCAGGUCCUGAAACCGCCUCAGAAGCAGAACGCCAACACCUCCUGGCAGGUUGGAAACAACCUGAUCCUCAGCAGGGCCCCCAUGAACAGCAUCCCCCAAGGCAACGCUUCUUGUCACAACAGGCUGCCGUUUGCCCCCCAUCCACCCGGCAAUAGUUCUAGAAACUUGGGGAGGCCCCAGCAGUACCACGGUCCUGACGGUUCCGGCGAAAUUCAGCCGGGCUUCAGCCAGCUUCAGGUGCAGGGAGGCGCCGACCAGUGCUUUCUUGCGUGUCAGGUUUCUGGGCUGAAACUGGAGAACUCAGACCACGGAUACCUGGAGGAGAACUUUGCAGACUGCCUCCCCGAUUGCAAGGCCUCCCCAAUCCCGGUUCUGGAGGAGCAGAGCUUGCUGGACUCCAUUGCUGAGUCUGGAGGAUUUUGUGGCGCCAUGGAGAGCUCAGGGGCGCUUCCUUCACCCGGAACAGACCAAGUGACCAGCACCGUGGACGGCCAUGUUCUCAGCGCUUUAGACGAGGGGGCAAACCUGGACCUGGUGGCCAUGCUGGAGGACGGGUACGACCAGAACAGUCUGGUCUCGGGGGUGCUGAGCCCCUCCAUGUUUCAAGGCCUCUCCAGGACGUCGUCGCGCCUCACCACUCCUCGGGCGUCGGCUCCCCUCCUCAGUGUGGCCCCCGGCCUAAACAUGGCCAUCGGCGACAUGAGUUCCCUCCUCACCAGCCUCGCCGAGGAGAGCAAGUUCCUGGCCGUCAUGCAGUAGCUCCUCCCCUCUGGCUUCUCCCCGCCCAAUAGGAAACAAAAAGGAAAAUGGAGGAAACCAGCUUUGGUGCAUGUGAAGAUUUAAAACAAUAACAACAUUUUUUUAUGAUAAAGUGUUUAGCCGAACGCAGCCUUUGUAUUUUGUGCAGACUGAGGACGUUUGGGAAACAUGUACAGUUGAAUAACUCCUUUUUUGUACGAUAACGACGUGACGUGAAGCAGCAACCCCUCUGUGAAACAGUAUUCUGUGUAUCGUUGCUGUUCUGACCCGUAAACGUGCAUGUACUCACGCCAACAAUCUUUUCCUGACCGAGGGGCCGAGGAGACAAGUAUAUAUAAAACAGUAGGUUUAUAUAUACAUUUCUGUCAUUCUGUUCACUUCUGUGAAGCUGUAAAUGUUUCCGUGGUGUUUUCGUCCCAAUGAAAAUGGGCCCCACUCCCCGUUUCCUGUCCUCUGCUUGGUAUCUAAAUGGUUUCGUUGAGUCUGGUACGGUACCACCACUGUGUAUAGCUGCUUUUCUGUCCUUCGUGCUCAGAUGUUGGGACGUUAGAUUUCGGAAGCUGACGUGUAGACGGACGUCUGGUGCUUUUGAUACUUUUAUCCGUCUCCAUGACCAACAACACAGGAGGCGAGCGGCACACGGAAGUGCCGUCGGCGUCUGUGUUGUGUUCGAUAGGAAAUCACCUGUUCAAAGCUCUUCAAAUUGCGAAUGUGUACUGCCGUGGAGUAUUGCAGCGACGUCGUGGACAGUGUUAGCAUUGCCUUGCGGUCUUCUGCGACUGCACACAGAACACCGAGUAGUUUACCUGUAUUUUUUUGGUUUUGUUUUUUCAUCGUCAGGAGAACAUUUUGUGCUCUUUGGUACUUUUGUCGUUUUUGUAGCCGUGUGACGUUUUUUUGUUUUUCAAAGAAGUAGAAACCAUUUCCUUUGAACAAAGGUUCGUGCCUUGAACAUAUCUGCCAGUUGGUACAGAGAGAUGAUCACUGCCAAUCUUCCAUUGUGAAUAACAAAGACAACCAACCGUGUAAAGUGUCACCUGAAACCCGAAAAAAAGAUAAAAACGGAAAAUUUAUAUAUGAAAAAGGAAUAUCAGAAAAGAUUUGCGAAAUGCAUUCUACUUUUUUCACAUUUAUUGUGCUUUUAUAUAUAAAUAUAUAUAUAAAAAUGUAAAUACAGUACUUACUCCCUCCUGUAGGUUUAGGAAAGGAAAUGUGGAAGUAUCCUGGGACUUUGAAAGCAGGGUUUCCCAGGCCCGGGGUGCAGGCCAGGCAGAUGGGAGCUCCAAGCCCCCACUGCUGCACCCCCAGCCCCACAAGAAGAGCUGCUCGCUCUUUUAUAACUGACAAAUGUUUGUAUGGUUUUAAUAAAAAAAAAGAAAAAAAUGAAAUCAUA